AUGCCUCUCGGGUUCGAGCGCCUCAACGAGCGCCAGCAACGCCCCAACCCCAACAUCAACUUCAUCAAGCCUCUAGAAGGACCCGACAAAGCCGUUGCCGAAGAGUUCCUCUCCCGAAUCGCCGCACAAUGCCUUCCGGUCAUGAAGAAGCACCAUAUCUCGGUGAUGGCUUUGGAGGAGUAUGAGCCAAAUCCAGAGUUCCUAGGCCGCAACUUCAACGCCGGCGAGGUGAUUCAGUUGGUGCUGAAGGACAAACAAGGACGAUGGCUCUCGAUGAAGUUCGUGCAGAUGGUGAUGAUGCAUGAGCUGGCGCAUUGCAAGCAGAUGAACCACAGCCGCUUUUUCUGGAAUGUACGAAAUGAAUAUGCACAACAAAUGGAGGGUCUGUGGCGAGAGGAAUACACGGGAGAAGGCAUGUGGGGAAGAGGUAGAGGAUUGGAGAAUGGAGCGUUCAUCAAUGCGGCACCGCCAGACAAUACUCAGAUCCCUGAGCAUCUGUGUGGUGGGUCGUAUAGGAGGAAAGGACGCAAGAGGAAGCGUGGACAGAAUGGGAGGGACGAGCAAGAGAAUUUGAGCUAUGCAGAGAGACAACAGCGGCGGAUCGCCCGAAAAUUCGGCAAGCAUGGCGAUGGAUCAUCCCUUGGUGAUGAUGAGCUGCUGAGGGGAGCCCUGGAGACGAUGAACGGAGGCAAGAGGGGACAGGGCAAACCUCGUGUAGCGAACAGCAAACGUGGUCGUGAGCUGAGAGCUGCUGCUGCUCUUGCUCGAUUUGGACAGGCGAAGAAGGAAGAGCAGACUCCGGAGCCGGAGGACGACAUGGACAGUGAGACCGAGUCAGAGGGAGACGACGAAGUCGACCGAAAUGCCGUGACUGUUAAGGACGGUCGCGGACGAGACUUGGUCAAGGUUUGUGGCGAUGAUCAAGACGAUGAGGAGGAUGCGAACAAGGAGAUGGACGAACUUCGUAUGCUGAGCGCAGCGCCCAAGCGGAAGCUGGUCCGUGUCAGAAAGAGCAAUUCCCCGGCACGAGGUGAGCAAGGACAUAAAGACUCAGAGACUGAAAGCGAGGCAGAAGAACCUCGGUCGUCGACUGUCCCAGCUCCUAGUGGUAAAGCGAAAGCAGUACACCGAGCGCCUCGUGACCGCGUUGACUCGGAGACUGAGAGCGAGUCGGACGACAAGCCACCGAUAGAUCCAGAUCCUGCGAUCGAGCAAACAGAUGAAGGUCUCUCAGCCUCCCAAGCAGAUCUUCUGCGUGAAGUCGACGGUGGAGGCACGUCCUCUCAAGCAAGCGAGACUGCCACACUGCCUGCUCCAGCCCCAACCUCGGCACCUGAGAACGUCGCAUCGGCUGUACCAGGUCAUGUGGCAUGCCCUGUCUGCUCUGUGGAAAAUGAGGCCGACGCACUUCUGUGCAUGGUGUGUUCACAUGUGCUGCGUUCGAAUCUCGUUGCCGACUGCUGGCGCUGCAAGAGCGAGACGUGCAAGGGCAGUCAGUACCUCAACGCAGGAGACGUUGGCCGGUGUGGGCUUUGUGGAGCUCAGAAGCCGAAGAUGGCGUCUGCGCCUACCGGAGGUCCCGAUGGGAGGCCAAUCGGGAUUACUCGCCCAGAGGUGUUGAGAUGA